GACUGCUGAUUACUAAGAGUGUACAAUCCCUAUUGAAUUGAGAAUUAAUAAAUAAACAAACCGAUUUAUUUUGUAACGAUAUUAAGAUAAUUAAAGGAAAAUGAGUGGAAACCAUGUAGUCAAUACGAUUUUCAGCGAUUUUCAGAAAAGUUUAGACGAAGAACAAGAAUUACGCGAAGUUAUUCGUAAUAUUUGUAAAGAUGUCGACCAAAUAUCCCGUAAAAUAACGACAGUUUUGCAAGUUAUACAUCACAAUCAAGCUGAGAUUGGUCAAGCAUGCUUGCAAGCACGUGAGUUAUUUGAGAAAGCAAGUGAGGGUUAUGGAAAACUCAAAGAAGCUGUGCCGUCAACAGAUUAUUAUAAAUAUCAGGAUCAUUGGAGAUUCAUGACACAGCGGUAUUGCUUUCUCAUCUCAUUGACGAUCUGGUUAGAGAAGGGUAUCCUAGCUCCACAUGAUACUGUUGCAUCUGUUUUAGGAAUAAGUGCGGUCGAGGAGAAGGAGGGAUUCCAUCUCGACAUCGAAGACUAUCUCGUUGGGCUCUUACACCUGUGUUCUGAACUGUCUCGUCUUGCAGUCAACUCGGUGACACGAGGCGAUUACGAAAAACCGUUACAGAUAUCGAAGUUCGUCAUGGAACUUAACGCUGGCUUCAGGUUAUUAAAUCUAAAGAAUGACCACCUACGGAAGAGGUUCGAUGCGCUAAAGUAUGACGUCAAGAAAAUAGAGGAGGUUGUCUAUGAUCUGAGCAUUCGAGGACUUUUGCCCAAGGCGCAGCAAAGUACAGAAGAGGCUUAGACUGAAAAUAUUUUUUUUUAAUAAAAUUUAAAAAAUAUCAA